AAACCGUAGCCAUGAAAAUGAUGAAAGAAACAAGUAGCAGUAUAAACCAAUUGGAGUUGGAGAGAAAAGAAGAAGAAUCUAGAAAGCUGAAAUGAAUAGGAUUCACAGCAGAUAUAGCAAAGCUCACACUAACAUCAAUUUAUGAUAACAACCUCAAAAUCAAGUUAUCAGUGUGUCACCCUGACUUUUCAAAAACAAUUAUUUGUUGCUUCAUAUUUCACUGUGAUUUCAUAAUAGAUUUUCACUCAUCUUACUUGACUCCAAGCAUUCUAUAUAUCUAGUGCCUCCACGCAUCUCUACCCUCAAAUCUUCACCACACAACACUACCUCAAUUACUCAACUAAAGCUUCAUUCAUUCAUCGUGUCGUGUUGUGUUCUUUGCAACCAUGCUUCUUAGAACAGCGUCCUCUUUCUCUCUCUUCAACGCCAACGGCGACCAUAUACUACUCCCUUCCUCUGUUCGCUACUCUCAGGGCAAACACUUGGUUCCAUGCGCUACCAAGAACUCCAAUAACCGGCCCUUAACCGGCGUCGUAUUUGAACCCUUUGAAGAGGUCAAGAAGGAGCUCGACCUUGUUCCCACUGUCCCACAAGCUUCCCUUGCUCGCCAGAAGUACACCGAUGAGUCUGAGGCUACUAUCAACGAACAGAUCAAUGUGGAGUACAAUGUUUCGUACGUUUAUCAUGCGAUGUUUGCCUACUUCGAUAGGGACAAUGUUGCGCUCAAGGGUCUUGCCAAGUUUUUCAAGGAGUCAAGCGAGGAGGAAAGGGAGCAUGCUGAGAAAUUGAUGGAAUAUCAGAACAAGCGAGGUGGAAAGGUGAAGUUACAAUCUAUAGUGAUGCCUCUUACUGAGUUUGACCAUGAGGAAAAGGGAGAUGCGCUAUAUGCAAUGGAACUUGCCCUGUCGUUGGAGAAGCUGACAAAUGAAAAGCUGCUUAACUUGCACAGUGUUGCCUCAAAGAACAAUGAUGUGCAAUUGGCAGAUUUUAUUGAAAGCGAGUUUUUGGGUGAACAGGUGGAAGCCAUAAAAAAAAUCUCUGAAUACGUUGCUCAACUCAGAAGAGUUGGCAAAGGACAUGGUGUGUGGCACUUUGAUCAGAUGCUACUCCAUGAGGAAGGAGUUGCUGCUUGAUUAACAUUUUUUUUCUACCUCUCGUUCGUGCAUCUAGUUAGUUAUUCGGAUUAGUAUUUUCAGGUCUUUUAAUGCUAGAGAUGAACAAAGUGGAUAUGGAGUAAUAUUGGUCAUUUGUAUGUCGUGUUUUUUUUAGUAAUAUUGGAGUAAUAUGGAAUUUGCGUAUUGGACUAAUAUGGAAUUGACGUAUUGUUGGAGUAAUAUGGAAUUGAAACUCAAAUUACAAUUA